UACGGUAUAACAGCAAAAAAAAAAAAAAAAACGGCCAGCUUUGCGCCGUUGAAACUCAUCGCUCCAAGUUUUAAGGGACAGAUAAACGACUGAAAUAUGCAUCCGCAUCUACACAGAGUGGACAAUGCCGGGUGCGAGGAGAUCGUACAGGCCUUCGAGGAAUGCCAUGCUCGGGGUUUCCUGUGGAAAUCGAUGGGCAUGUGUAACGAUCUAAAGAGGUCCCUCACUGAAUGUCUCAAGGCAGAGAGAGCGAAACAUCAACUCGAGAACCGCAACAAUACCAACGACAAGAUGAGGCAGGUCAGGGCAAAGUGGAAGGAGAUUGACGAGAAUUCUUGACGGUUUACGAACGAACAAUCCCAAACAGCUGGUCGGAACGUUACAAACGACACCCAAGUCAACGGUCUUGGAUGGGGACUACCAAGACGGAUGAAAACAGCCAGACAAGGGGACGUCAUUCUGUAAUUUUACAUGUGUAUUAUACGCUGAUGCGAGAAUGUCCCCGAUCUUCGCCAUGAACCCACGAAAUCAGCCCAAAUUAUGAAGAGAAAAACCCUUUGCGUCCCCUCUGCCCGCUAGAUCUUCCUCACCCA